AUGAAGACGAUCGUUUUACUUGGUCUGAUUGCCGUUCUCUCGUCUUAUCAACCAACAACAGUUGCUAAAGUUUUGAAAAGUCUUAAAACACCAAUGGAAGAUGAAACCCUUAUACACUCUAAACAUUCUCCGGCAACUUUGAUAACUGAUGAUGCCAGCCAGACAGUACAGGCGAUACAGGCAAGGAGUAUUUUCAACGACAUGUGGGGACGCAUCAAGGGUCCUCUGCAACAGAUUGGAAAGCAGACUGUGUUGGGUCUAGGAGCUAUUGCCGCUAAAGCUAUAGAGCAGGCUGCACAGACCGCUGUAGGGAGGAAGCGUGAGAUCUCAGGCGCCCGUUCAGACCACACCUGGGAAGACCUCCUAGACACUAGGUUGCCUCAAGAUGCACGUAGUUUGUUGGAAAUCCUGAACACGGCAGAUAUCAGAGAUGGCGAGGAGCAGACGGCUGGGAUAGAUUUUUAUAAGCGCAAUAUAUUUGAAGCCCUUUUCAGAAACAUCCAGGGACCACUUCAGCUUGCUGGAGAAAAAACUGUACAGUCACUGGUCGGAAUUUUAUUAAAAGACAUUCAACAAGGAGGAGCAUUCAUCGGUAAACGCCAUGUAUCUGGAGAUGUUUCCCAGGAUUCGAGUAUAGCGGAAACCGCAGAACAAGCAUCACAAGAGGUGGCGGCCAACGUAAUGGAUAUCAUCGUAGAAACGUUGAUUAACGCAUUUGGAAAACGUAAACGGAAUGUUUUUAACGAUAUUUGGAACAAAGCUAGAGGACCACUGGAACAAAUCGGGAGGCAGACCGCAGCGGUUGUUGUAGCUACAGUCGCUGACCUCGUACAAGAGGCAUUGGAUGAUGGCACCGGGAUGCGAGACAGCUGGACACAAACGUGGGACUCGAUGGAGACCCCACUGGAAGCUACGAGGAACCAGAUGGGACGCAUCUUGCAAGAUGCUGUUGGCACGAGAUUGACAAAUACCGAAGGUAAACGCGACGUAUUGGCUGAGAAAGAUUUGAAGGGGCCUUUGACUUCCGUGACCAACAUUGCAAACGCUGUCAUGGAUGACGUAAAACAUAACAUACCAACUUUAGAGUUAAAAAAUUUCAAACAGCUAAUCACGUCCAAGUUACUGUCAAUGGCAGAGGAGUACACGAACCGUUCAUUUCCGAGGACAGACGAUAUCAAAACCGACGGAGACCGGCGAAUUCCACACUGAAGAUAAUCGUUGUGUCGUUACGAACUACUACCCUAGCUACAUAAGAAUCCUGUCAUUCUCCUCGUGUAAAGCAGUAUGAUACAUUUCAUUUGUGCAGUUCAUUUAAUCUAUUCAUAAAAUAAAAAUACUUCUAUA